CUCCUCCCUCCCCUCCGCCCCUUUCUUCCCCUCCCCUCCCCCCCCCCCGCGCGCGCGUCCUCCGGCCAAGAUGUCUGACAUGGAGGAUGAUUUCAUGUGCGAUGAUGAGGAGGACUACGACCUGGAAUAUUCUGAAGACAGCAACUCUGAACCAAAUGUGGAUUUGGAGAAUCAGUACUAUAACUCUAAAGCCCUGAAGGAAGAUGACCCCAAAGCAGCACUCAGCAGUUUUCAGAAGGUUUUGGAGCUUGAAGGUGAAAAGGGAGAAUGGGGAUUCAAAGCAUUAAAACAGAUGAUAAAAAUAAAUUUCAAAUUGACUAACUUUCCUGAAAUGAUGAACAGAUAUAAACAACUAUUGACAUACAUACGGAGUGCUGUUACAAGGAAUUAUUCCGAAAAAUCCAUCAAUUCUAUUCUUGAUUAUAUCUCCACUUCCAAGCAGAAUUCUGAUUUUUUAUGCCAGAUGGAUUUGCUUCAGGAAUUUUAUGAGACAACACUUGAAGCUCUGAAAGAUGCUAAGAAUGAUAGAUUGUGGUUUAAGACAAACACAAAGCUUGGCAAAUUAUAUUUAGAACGAGAAGAGUAUGGGAAACUACAGAAGAUUUUGCGCCAGCUCCAUCAGUCAUGCCAGACUGAUGAUGGAGAAGACGACCUUAAGAAGGGUACCCAGCUAUUGGAAAUAUAUGCUUUGGAAAUUCAAAUGUAUACAGCACAGAAAAAUAAUAAAAAACUUAAAGCACUAUAUGAACAGUCAUUGCACAUCAAGUCUGCCAUCCCCCAUCCACUGAUCAUGGGGGUCAUCAGAGAAUGUGGUGGUAAAAUGCACCUAAGGGAAGGUGAAUUUGAAAAGGCACAUACUGAUUUCUUUGAAGCAUUCAAGAAUUAUGAUGAAUCAGGGAGUCCAAGAAGAACCACUUGCUUAAAAUAUUUGGUCCUAGCAAACAUGCUGAUGAAGUCUGGAAUAAACCCAUUUGACUCUCAGGAGGCAAAACCAUACAAAAAUGAUCCAGAGAUUCUAGCAAUGACAAAUUUAGUAAGUGCCUAUCAGAAUAACGACAUCACUGAAUUUGAGAAGAUUCUGAAGACAAAUCACAGUAACAUCAUGGACGAUCCCUUCAUAAGGGAACACAUUGAAGAACUUUUGCGAAACAUCCGAACACAAGUGCUUAUAAAAUUAAUUAAGCCUUACACAAGAAUACAUAUUCCUUUUAUUUCUAAGGAGUUAAACAUAGAUGUAGCUGAUGUGGAGAGCUUGCUUGUGCAGUGUAUACUGGAUAACACUAUUCAUGGCCGAAUUGAUCAAGUCAAUCAACUCCUUGAGCUGGAUCAUCAGAAGAGGGGUGGAGCACGGUAUACUGCAUUAGAUAAAUGGACCAACCAACUAAAUUCUCUCAAUCAGGCCGUAGUCAGCAAGCUGGCUUAACCAACAACAGGCAAUUACAAAAUGUACUUAAGGCAACAGCGCAGUGAUGUAAACCUUAAAAACUGGGAAUGGCAAAACUACUGUCGGUUGGUGUGCCCUGAAAUUAUUGGAGUUAAUGGCAGAAGUGCUUUUUUGAUCAGCUGGUUUGUGUUUUGCUGCUGCAUUUAUCCCAAGAAAAACAGCUUUAAUCUCCAGAAGAAAACCAAAUGCCACGGGAUUUAUGCUGUGUUGACAUCUUGCCCUCACCAUGCAACACCCUAAUAAUUUGUCAAGGGGCAACUAAUGACCAGAGCGAAGGUUUUGUUUGUCAUGAUUUUAAAUACACUGACACGUUCCUGUUGGUUUAAAUUUAAACAUAUUUUACCUGCAGAAAAAAGAAAUCUCACAAAAAAAUAACCUGCAAUAACUUGAAAUGCAUACCCUUUUGAACACUUCCUUUUUCUCAUGUAUAAAUCAAAAUGUUUGCUGCAUUUUGCAAAAUGUCAAUUCUCCAAAAAUGUGUCCGUAUAUUUCUGUACCUGCAGUGUAGUAAAGGUUUAGAAGAAACCCCGUAAUUAUGGUGGCAUACUGUCACUUAGGUUUCAAGCAGCAAAAAUAAACAGUGCAGUUCAGAAAUUGUAGAGCUUUUGUUUCUUGAUGUGUUUUUCAUUAUGUGGCUGGCUUGUGUUUAAGAGAUUCAGGGAGAGUGUUGUUGCCUUCUGCCUGUAUUUUGAAAAGCACUCUGAAGGUCAGGGGCACCAUCUACGAAGCUGUGCUGCUAAACAACUGCAAUCUGUCAAAGGGGCUUAUGUGAAACUUCCACACAUGCCACAUUUUUUUAGUGCAAGCCUAUUACUGCCUGCUCCAUGGCUAGUCAGUUAAGAGCACUCCACUGGAAUCUUCCCUUUCAGUUUCAAAGAAGAAUGUUCUUGCUAACCAUAGUUAGUGUCAAACCCCAUUUUGCAGCUGAAGUUAAAAUGGGUUUGUAGACUGGCUGAACUAAAUUUAGUUAAUGAAAAUACAAGUGCAGAUGUAAUCUUAACCAUAUUAGCUCUGAAACUGAAAGGGAGGUGGGAAAUGUCCACAUUGGGUUGCGAACCUGUGGGAUGCACUUAUGUGAUUAGCUAAUUGUGCAACAUUUUAGCAGGCUGCACCUAUUAACUUAAAUUUUGCACGUGUGUUUAAGUAUUACUCUUUGGUAUUUAUAUGCAAACGCUACUGAUCAAGCAUUACCAAUUUAACUGUUUGCUAAUGUACAACCCUUUCUUAAGAGUGUCCUAGCCACUGUUGUUUUGGCACAUCGCAGAACUAGAUUUUUAAAUCUUGGAUUUAGAUAAACAUGGGCUGUGGUUGAUGGGAUUGCACAGACGAGUUGUGCCAAAUGGAAGUUUGUGGUUUUACUCUUUUUAAAAGAAAAGGGGGAGAAACUAAAUAAAAACUUAAGACCAGCAUUCAGGAGUCAUACCUGAUGGCUAUGGAGUCAAAAUUGGUCUUUUCAUAUGAGGAUUUCUGAAGUGGCAAGUGAACUACAGACAGUUCUUUCAAAGUCUGCCUAUAGGAAGCAGUAGAGGGUAUUUCAAAGCAUUAUUGCAGCUGAGACUGUUAGGUUUCCAUAUGGAAUCUGAUAGAAUAUGGUUAACAGAAGUAAAACUUUGAAAAUGA